AUCGUCAUUCUUUCGCGAGUUGUCAGCGCAGCCGGUCGCGGUUUCAAUUUUCCGUCGCGGGUGUUGAUUUCUUUCCUCCUCGAGCAAAAUUCCAAAAGGAGGAGAAGGAAGACGGUUCGGUUCUCUGUGUUCUGUCGACUAAUCUGGACUAAUUAAUUGGCAGAAGUUUGGAUCUACGUCGGGCAAAUCCAAGGAAAAAAGUGCCACGUUAAUCAAUAGUUUUCGGGGCGGCGAUGACGAGCCGUGUUCCGACCGCGAAAGACGGAGGAGGAGGCUGAAUCGGGAAUCUCUCUUGCUAGUGCUGCGUGUAGUUGUGCACGUGUGAGUGUGUGUGUGUGUGUGCGCCCCUGGAAGAACCUUGAGCGCUGUGUGUGCCAUCAAAGACGGAACGUCAAAAGUUAAGUUCUUUUUUGCCACUUGAGCAUCGGUUCCGAACUAAUCGAAGGCUAUCAUCAAAUUAAAGUUAGUUGUGAAGGGGAUGAAGUGGGAGGUUUCGUGGACGUAGAAUGAUAAAGCUAAAACAAGAGAAUCGACGAAACCUUUCGACAGUUUGAGAUAAGCAAGAGUGGGUCGCGAUGGGAGCGAUGGACGGGGCCGGAAACGGCGCCGAUGGGGUGACUCAUCUGAUGAAGCUGUCCAGUGCGCUGUUUUACGGGAUGGCCUCGUUCCUGAUCACCGUGGUCAACAAGACGGUGCUGACUUCGUACCAGUUUCCGUCGUUUCUGGUGCUGAGUUUGGGCCAGCUGGCCGCCAGCAUCGUAGUCCUGUUUCUGGGCAAACGCUUCAACAUAGUCAAGUUUCCCGACUUUAGCCGGGAUAUCCCGCGGAGAAUCUUCCCGCUGCCAUUGAUCUACCUGGGCAACAUGAUGUUUGGCCUCGGUGGAACGCAAGCCCUCAGUUUACCCAUGUUUGCCGCGCUCCGGCGAUUCUCCAUCCUCAUGACGAUGAUCCUGGAGCUGCGAAUCCUCGGCAUCCGGCCAACCACCGCCGUUCAGGUCAGUGUGUACUCCAUGGUCGGAGGCGCCCUGCUGGCGGCCAGCGAUGACCUCAGCUUUAACCUGCACGGGUACAUGUUUGUCAUGAUCACAAACGCCCUAACGGCGGCCAACGGAGUCUACAUGAAGAAGAAGCUCGACACCGCCGACAUGGGCAAGUACGGCCUCAUGUACUACAACUCCCUGUUCAUGUUCGUGCCGGCCCUCAUCGGCACCUGGGCUUGCGGCGACCUCGAUCGAGCCUUCGAGUUCCCCACCUGGGACGAUCCCUUCUUCGUCGCCCAGUUCCUGCUGUCCUGCGUGAUGGGUUUCAUCUUGUCGUACAGCACCAUCCUCUGCACCCAGUACAACUCCGCCCUCACCACCACGAUCGUCGGCUGCCUCAAGAACAUCAGCGUCACCUACAUCGGCAUGUUCAUCGGCGGCGACUACGUCUUCUCCUGGCUCAACAGCAUCGGCAUCAACAUCAGCGUGGCCGGCUCGCUGCUGUACGCGUACGUCACCUUCCGCAAGAAGACACCCGCGGCGGCGUCCAGCGGAGGCGACGACCGGAAGCUGCUACUACCGUCGGCCAGCGGCCGUAUCGACAACGUGACCACGAUGCUUCUACGUCGAGUACAUCCCGUCAGAUUGGGCCGCACAAUCCAGCGAAGUUUGACCACAACGAUAUCUCGAAAUGAGUCAACAACCACCACCUCCGAAUCACCACAAACAGCACCUCCUCCUGCACCGGAUGCAUUUACGGAGGAAUUCUUGCGCAACCAAAUCAAGGUCACCGAGCUCCAGCGGGUCAUCCUCGGUGUGGGAAGUUCCCUGGCCGCUCUCAUUAACCCACGAAGACACGACAUGAUCGCCUGCCUGGGCGAAACAACCGGCGUGCCGGCACUGGACGCCAUCCGCCGCCAGAUGCUGGCCUCGGACGAGGGCCGGCAGAUUCUGGCGGACCGGCCGCGCAUCAACACGCGUACCGUCGACAUGGCCGCGCUCAAGGCCCUGCCCGAGACCAGCUUCGGCCACCAGUACGUUCACUUUCUCGAGAAGCACGAUAUAACGCCCGAUUCCCGGGCCGAGGUCCGCUUCAUGGACGAUCCGGAGCUGGCUUACGUGAUGACCCGGUACCGGGAGGUGCACGACCUGGUCCACACGGUGCUGGGCAUGCCGACGAACAUGCUCGGCGAGGUGGCCGUCAAGUGGGUUGAGGCGCUCAACACGGGGCUGCCCAUGUGCUACGGUGGGGCCGUCUUCGGGGCGUUCCGGCUGCGACCGAAACAACGCCAAAACUACCUACGCCACUACCUUCCCUGGGCACUCAGAAUGGGCCGGCAGGUGCACCCGCUGAUGAACGUCUACUGGGAAAAGCGAUGGGAGCAGGACAUGGCCGAACUGCGACAGGAACUGAACAUUGAGGAACUUGUCAUUAAUUAAAAUCCGCGCAAUCAAA